AUGUCUUGUCAUUUCUUCGUUAUUAUUUUGUUUCUUUUCAUUUCUUGUCAUUUGUGUCUUUUCUUUUUUGUCUUUUCAUUCAUUUUUGUUCUUUUCAUUUUUUCAUUAUUUAUUUUGUCUUUCAUUUGUCUUUUCAUUUUUCCAUUAUUAAUUUGUCUUUCAUUUCUUUCCAUUAUUAUUUUUUGUGUCUUUCAUUUUCGUUCUUUUAAUUUGUGUCAUUUUCAUUUGCUUCCCUUAUUAUUUUUUCUUUUCAUUUUCUUUCUUUAUUCAUUUGUGUCUUGUCAUUUACUUCCGUUAUUAUUUUGUGUCAUUUUCUUUUCUUUUUUUUCUUGUCUUUUCUUUCAUUUUUUGUCUUUCUUUACUUCAUAUUUUGUGUCAUUUUUAUUAAUUUUUGUCUUUUGUUUACUUCCAUUAUUAUAUCCCUGUCAUUUUAUUUUCUUUAUUUCUUUCAUUUUUCUUUGUCUUUUCAUUUUUCUUCCAUUAUUAAUUUGUGUCUUUUCAUUUGCUUCCGUUAUUAUUUUGUGUCUUGUCAUUUACUUCCAUUAUUAUUUGUGUCUUUUCAAUUGCUUUAUUAUUAAUUUGUCUUGUCAUUGCUUCCCUUAUUAUUUUUAUCUUUCAUUUGCUUCCAUUAUUAAUUUGUGUGUCAUUUGCUUUACGUGUUAUUAUUUUGUGUCUUGUCAUUUGCUUCCAUUAUUAUUUUGUGUCUUUCAUUUGCUUCCAUUAUUAAUUUGUGUCUGUUUACUUCAUUAUUAUUUGUGUCUUUUCAUUUUACUUCAUUAUUAG